AUGCAAAAUAAUAAAGAAUGGGAUAAGCAUCGAGAAAUCAAUGCUGUUCGUUGGGUGGAAGCUCCACGACGUCGGUCACCGUCGCCAUCACGAAAUCAUUCGAAAUAUUCGCAAAAGUAUCUGCAUAAUGAUCGCGAAAGAAGUGGCCCGGCAUCAUGUAAAUCAAGGUUUUAUGAUGAUAGUCAAGGACAGUCUACAUGUCUAAAUAGUCAUGAUAAGAUUUAUAUCGAUCGUUAUUCAACGGUCACUGACAAUAGAAAACAUGGCAGAAAAGCAACAGUAGGUGACAGUUUGUCUGGUGACUACGGCGGUAGAAACCGACAAUUGUGUAACUCGGCAACAUCAGAAAAAAUAAGUUCUGUUGCAUCGAGUCAGAGUUUUCCUUCUGGUAACGUACGAUCGUGUGUAGCAUCAUAUCCUUAUAACGCUGGUGGAUCAGAGUAUUCAACAGUGGAUGGUGGGUCGUACUAUUCAACGGUUGGUGGUGGAAAAUACUAUGGUCAAGAGUCGAACGACUGGGAUCGACAACGAGACAGACAUUCAUCAAACUCGGUUUUUAAUAAUUGUUGCGGCAUUCGUGAUUCGCGCGGAAAGUGCUCAGGUUACACCUAUGGAUCAGUAUAUGAACAAGAGCAAACCAAAAUUCAAGUAACGUUACCAGAUAACGAAGCACGAUCACAUCAUAAAUAUGCCCAAGAACAAGAGUCUAAGUUACAGGUAAGACGGCAAGACUUAGUUAAUGAACAACAACUGUUGAUGAGUUCAAUGACGUCACUGUUAGAACAGUUGAAAAAACAAGUUGCUGAAUUACGUUCAAUUAACAAAAAUUAUAAUAUUAUUGAACGAAAUCGUAAUGUAUUAAUCUUAUUCCGCGAUGAGAUUAAAUAUAUGGGUGAUGGUCCAGAAAUGUUACGCUACUAUAAUGAUACAGUGGCUAUUUUAUCCAACUAG